CGUGUGCUCCCGGUAUCCUGCGCGGGAAGAAUCACUUCCGGCCCAGGUGUGCGAGGCCGUGGCCCGCGUUCCUCUCAGAAAGGUCUGCACCAUUUCCUGGAAGAAAAGAGGAGCAAAUGGCCCAGUUGCAGGAUAUGGUGACGUUCAGGGACGUGGCUGUGUUCUUCAGCGAGGAGGAGCUGGGGCUGCUGGACGCUGCCCAGAGGAAGCUGUACCGUGAUGUGAUGCUGGAGACCUUCAGGAUGCUGCUCUCAGUGGCACCCCAGCCCUUUACACUGGGUCUGAUAGCCCAGCUGCAGAAUUUAGAGGAGCUCUGCGUGGUGGAGGCCCAAGGAGGAAGCCAGGGUGGACGUGCUGUGGAGAAUGAUGAAGACAUGGAGUUAAGCUCCCUUUGUCCCAGAGAGCUCUCCUCCUGUCAGACCUGGCCACAGGGUGCAGGCUUGUUACCCAGGGAUCAGGAUUCCAUGAAAAGAUGUCUAAAGAGCAACACUGAGUCUCAGAACCAGGGAGAUUCUUCCUUCCUGGUGUGCGCAGGGCGGCUGGUUCAGAUUUCUGAGGAUGGGAACUACGUGUUGCCUCCUGUAGAUGAUGACUCUGCCUCUCUGAGAAGUCAAGAGUUUCCUUCACUGAGAGCCCAGCAGUCUUGGCAGGAAUCACAUCUCAGUGGGUCGUGUAAUCGCCAAUGGAAAGGUCAGCAAAUGCCCAUGAGACUUCAAUUCCAUGGAUGUGACAGCGUCAGUUGGUUCUCAUACCACAGUGACAGUGAGGGGUUACACAGAAAGGGGGAAAGCUGUAGUUUCCAUGACCUCAGAGAAGAGACCAUGAAGGUAUCUUCACUUAAGCAGGACUUCAUUAAAUUAGGGCCGGUGCCCUGCCCAUGUAGUAAGUUAAGAAAAGCCUGUGGCCAUGGUGACAACAUUGAGCCUGGCUCUCACACACAUCAGCAGUUGAACUCAAGAGGGAAGCACUGUCCAUGCAGUUCACAUGGUGAGGGCUGUCAGGACAGGUCAGCUCUUCACUUCCAUCAGAGUGUGGAAACAGGAGAUGAAGGUACGGCUGAGAGUUCUCUUCUGUGGUCCCCUCUGAGACUGUGUACAGAGCAAAUGCUGUGCCAGGGCAGUGAGAACGCCCAUCAUGCCUACCCUCUCAACCCUUGUGGAAGUGUCCACCCGGGCGACACCUCCCAGAAGAGCGGCAUCCCUGAGAAAGCUUUGCCUUGUUGUUUACACUAUAAUAGUAAUUUUAUGGUCCACACUAGGGAAGAGCCCAACAAGUAUGAGGCGAAUGGGAAUGUUUCUAGUCAGAGUUUGUAUCUUCAAGCUAAUCAGGACAUCCACGGUGAAGAAAAACUACAUCCAGGUGUGGUGUGUAGAAAAGAUUUCACACAUUGCUCAAAUUUUAACACUGAGCACAAAGUUAACAUGGCAGAGACUGUCUAUAACUCUGAGUGUGGUGACCACUUCAGUCUGCCCCCACAUUUCCAGGACUUUUCAGCAGUGUACCCCAGGGAACAACCACAUAAACAUUUAUGCAGUACAAGCUUUGAUCAAAAAUUGUGUAUUCCAAGCCAUCAACAACUUGACUUCCUUGAGAAACCUACUUAUAAAGAGUGUGGGAAUGGCUGUAAGUGGAGUUCUAGCCCCCAAGAUCAGCAGAAACCUAAGCCACACAAAUGCAACACCUGUGGGAAAGGCUUCAGUGACAGAUGGGUUCUUACCAUUCACCAGAGAGUCCACACAGGAGAGAAACCAUAUCAGUGUAAGGCGUGUGGGAAGAGCUUCAGUCAGAGUGCCUACCUACACUCCCACCGGAGAGUUCACACUGGAGAGAAACCAUACAAGUGUGAGCAGUGUGGGAAGGGCUUCAGAUGGAGCUUUAAUCUUCAAAUUCAUCAGUGGGUUCACACAGGAGAAAAGCCCUAUAAAUGUAGAGAGUGUGGCAAAGGCUUCAAUAAGGCCUCAACUCUCCUGGCCCAUGAGAGAGUCCAUACGGGAGAGAAGCCUUACCAGUGUGUUGAGUGUGGGAAGGAAUUCAGUCAGAAAUCAUACCUUCAAAGCCACCAGAGCAUUCACUCUGGAGAGAGACCAUAUAUAUGUGAGGGUUCUGGGGAAUGCGGUGCUAGAGAGGCAUCAGAGCUAGGCGCUUCCACUGAGGCAUUCUGGGAAUUGUGGUUCUGGUACCAGCGGCAGUCGGGGGUCGCUUCCGCUUCUGCUAGGCGAGGCUACCUGGCAGUGGUUCUAAGGAGGGAGAUCCUGGAGCGUCCCGUGGCCCAUCGUGUGUGUUCGUGCUACCGGAGUCUUUCCCGCAGGGACCGAGCCUGCGACCUGGGCGGGAACGGGGCGGCCGCGGCUGGGUCCUCUCACUCUGGACUCUACCUGAGGCGGCGCUGCCCUGGAUUUCUGGAUCCAUCUCAGCUGCUGGGAGCCCACAGGAGAGUCUAG